AUGAUGAAUAAAAUUAGAAAUAAUGGUAUUUUGCAUAAUUUAUUAGCUAAUUAUUCCAUUUUUCUAUUCAAUUAUCCAGGAACUAUUCUAAUUGUAAUCUCAAUUCUAACAACAAUUUUACCUAUAACUGUAUUAUUCUUUAAUCCAUUACAAAUUAAUCAAAAUCCUGAAACUGGUUUCGAUACCCGUGAUACGGAAUAUUCUGGGCAAAGAUUAACAUGGGAAAAAAUUGGAUUAAAUAUACAAAUGGGUAAUCGAAUUGUCCUAUCAAAUGCGACAACAAUAAGAAAGAAUCGUUUGAAGCGCUCUUGGGCUGAUGAAUUAUUAAAUACAUUUGGUCAGGUAGCAUGCUAUGAGACAGCUAUUCCAGGAAUGGAUCAUUUAACACAAUUCGUUGUGGAGGUAAACUCUUAUGAUGACCUAUUUGAUCUUGAUUACCUGAAAAUGCUCUGUUCAUUGCAUACCUCACUCAACAAUCAAUUACAAUUAUUUGCUAAUAUAACACCGUACAGAAAUAUCUGGAGUCUACCAAACUAUUUAUCAUGCUUCUCACCUAAUUUUCUAACAAACUGCUCAUUUCUUACUGAAAAUGAUAUACAAUUCGGUCGUGAUAUCAUUGAUUACUGUCAAUCAUAUCGUCGUGAAAUUAUCAAUUGUCGUCGAAAUUGCUAUUUGGAUUGUUCGCCAUGUUUUAAUGUUCCAACAAAUUGCUCCACACAAAUGAUUUUUGAUUUAUUUUAUCGAAUUUUACCAAAAAAUUUAAACACAAAACCAAUUUUUAUCAAUGGUUUUUUGCCAAUUUUUACAUCAGGUGGUUAUCGAUCACAAGGUUUUCAUCAAGGAACCAUACAAUAUUAUUUAAAUUUACAAGAAGCAUUUCAAAAUUUCUCCCUGAAACAUGACAAAUUUAUUUUAAAAGGUUUAUCAAUGGAUAUCAAGCGUGACCUUUUAUACGACGGUGCUAAACGUGACUCUCUGCUUGCUUGCGGCGCUGCAUUUUCCGUAUUUCUAAUUGUUUUCCUAUAUUCAUUAAAUAUUUUCUAUUGCAUAAUGGUUGCUUUUGUGCUAUUUGCAUCUGUUCUAAGUGCUUUAGCAAUUUAUUCGCUAUUUACAGUGAAUUUUCCACUUCUAAAUUUAGUGAUAUUUGUGCUUUUAUUAGCAAUUGGAUCAGAUGAUGCAUUCAUUUUAUUAAAUUCAUUUCCAAUGGAUGUAACAUCACAAACCAUUCAUCAAUGUUUAUCACAUACAGCUAAUGCUAUGUUAUUAACUUCUUCAUCAACAGCUGUACCAUUUUUUACAAAUAUUCUUAGCAGUGUUGUUGUCUUCCGAUGUUUUGGUUUAUUUGCUGGUAUAACAUUAGUAUUCAACUAUUUGCUAGAAAUAUCACUUCUACCAGCAAUGCUUAUAUUCCAGGAACGUUACAUCCAACGUUGCUUCACGUGUCGUAUAUUUUCUAAGUUUAAUUACUUAAUGCGUGAUUUACUACCAUCUGUUAUCAUUUCGGGUCGUUAUAUUUGGAUCUCAUCUUUAGCUGCUAUUGUUAUCACAAUGACCUAUUUAACCUUUACUAAUCUUCAAUUUCCACCUUAUAAUCCAUUACAACUAUUUACUGAUUCAAAUAAACACGAAUGGUACGAUAAUAAUGCUGAAAAAAAUUUUGAAUUUAUUACUAAUAAACUUCAAAUUCCUAUUGCUAUUCGAUUAAUUUGGGGUUUAACACCACGUAUUUCACAAAAUAUUUUUCAACCUGAUAAAUUAACACCUGUACAGCAUGAUUAUAAAUUUUCAUUACAAAAUACAACUGAUAUACAGGAAUUAGCAUUCAAAUUACGAAGUUAUAGAGAAUUAAACUUUAUCAAUCAUCAAAAUCAAUAUUGGCCAGAAAGAUAUUUAAUUUGGAGUCGUAAUUUCACUUGUGAACCAUCUCAAAUAUGUUGUAAUUUUGCUGAUUCAAAUUUUCACGAAAAUUUAACAGAUUAUUGCAUUCGAUUAUCAACAGCUUAUCUUUACACACAAUACAAUGAUACACCAAUAUAUGAUAAUGAUACUUUUAAUUUAAUUGGUUACACUGCAAUGCUACCAACUAAACUUAAAUAUUCACAUCGUUUCAAGAAUUUGUCACAUACUUUUGACUUAUUAAAACAUUCAUUUAGUAAUAUGAGUUAUGGUGGUUGGUAUACCACAGAAUGGUCAUUAAUUUGCAUAUGGUUUGAUUUGCUAAAUUCAAUAAUUACGGAUUGUCGUCAAUCUUUGUUGUUGUCAUUUACGGUUGUCGCAAUUUUUGCAUUUUUACAUUUGCGACUUAAAUCGCUAAUUGCAUUAAUUACAAUUUGUUGUAUUGUCAUUGUAACGGUUGGUUGUGUGACAACAUUAGGUUGGGUAAUUGGUGUCCUCGAGGCAAUUAUUCUGGUACUUGUGGUUGGCUUAUCAUUUGAUUUCACCUUGCAUUAUGGUGCUUCCGUACCGGAAACCGGUUGCGGUAAGCAUCGUAUUUGGUUUGCAGCUCGUAAAUCAGUAAUACCGGUCAGUUUAUCUGCUCUAUCAUCAUUUGCUGCUGGUAGUUCAAUGCUAAUUGCCGAAACACAUGCAUUUCAUCAAGUUGGCGUAUUUUUGAUAACUUUAGCUAGUGUUAGUUGGCUUUUUGCAACAUUCUUCUUCCUUCCGCUUCUAUCUAUCACGUUGCAAUCAAACGUGAACUGUACGUUAUGUCAAGAAAAUUCGACGUUGCAAAAUAAUUUACCAAUGAAAGAAAAAUCAACUUUUAUGUAG